CCUGCCUGCUGCUUCCCACCACAGACCCACACCAUCAGCACUUGCAAGCGGAUGUUCUGCUUCUACUUUAAUCAUGAGGAAACGAACAUUUUGAGUGUCACAAUGCCCCGCCCCAGAGCAGAGGGUGUGCGAACCCACGUCAGCCUGUGACCUGGCCUUCACAGCACCUUAUCCCACGGACUCAGAGCAAGGUGGGCACCUCGGGGCCGAGCUGGGUCUGCUGGGAGCGUGUACGCAGGAGGCCUCUCCAGAAAUCUGGUCAGCAGGGAGAGGAAGAGGACAGCCGCCCCUCCUCUCGGACGGAGCUGGUAGUGCUAAAACCUGGGACGCGGCCAGCACCCUGUUGUGGCCAUGAUCCCUCAGCCCGCCAUCCUCCUGGGCCUCGGGCUGUGCUUGGGCCAGCUGACCCACCAGCAGUCAGAGGCCUGGCCCAAGCCGUCCAUCUCCGCCGAGCCGGGGCAGACCAUCCACCUGGGGCAGAACAUGACCUUCGUGUGCCGGAGUCCUCGAUUGUUCAGCGUCUUCCGCCUGCAGAAAGAUAGCAAGAUUGUCAUCAAGGAUGAGAAGAACACUUCACUCAACCAGACCGAGAUGCGGUUCCCCAUGGGCCCAGUGAAGGCCAGCAUGGCCGGGCAGUACCGCUGUAUCUAUGUUACUUCAAGUGGCUGGUCUGACUACAGUGAAGAGCUGGAGCUGGUGGUAACCGCUGAGGAGGUCACCCAGGCCUCCGACCCCGACCCGGCUCUGCCCUCAGGCAUGCCUGCCCCAGGCCCUGCCCCAGGCCCUGGCCCAGGACUCCUGUAUGUCUUCGUGGGCGUUGCCGUGGUCUUGCUGCUGACCUGCCUGCCCCUCCUUCUCUUCUGCCUCCAUCGCCAUAGUCAGACAAAGCACGGCUCCCCAAGCAGCAAAGGUGAAGGAUGGAAACCGCAGGAGAGGCUCAGCUUGGACAUGGAGGACUUAAAGACAACUCCAGACAGCGCCAAGGUUGACAGGCUUGCUGGGAAGGACGCACAGAUGGAUACGACCGUCCUGGCAGCGGGCAGUGGCCAGGAUGUGACCUACGCUCAGCUGGACCAGCGGGCACUCAUGCAGAGGGCGGCCCCUGCCAUGGAACCCUCAGCCGAAUCCAGCACGUAUGCGACCCUUGCUAGAUGUUGACCCUGCGCCUACAAGGUUCACGUGUCUGAGGCCGCUGAGGUGACCCAUGUGGGCAGGCGUGUGGAGGGGUACGUCAGCUGGACAUGCCUUGGAGGCCCCCUGACCAGGCACCUCAGUCCACUGUUACGCGGCUGCUUCCGGAGGCCCAGCUGUCACUGUCUGGCUGCUACAGGACCCUGCUGGGGCUCAGGGGACUCUGUGGGCAGUGUUGCCUUCUCCUGGCUACCCUCAGAGCUCUGCUCACUCUGUCAGCUGACCCCAGAGCCCUGCUGUGAGCCCCAGCCACCCAGGGGCAUGCUCGCUCUGUCAACUGACCCCCGAGUCCGGCUGCUCCCAGCUCUGGCUCAAGCUCUACUUGGUGCAUCAAUAAAUACAUUGUGAGGUCUGGACAGAGGUCCCUGCGAGCCCCC